AUGGUGGGGGAGAAGGAGGGCAUUUUGAAUUUGAUGCAAUACCUUCUGCUUCUACGAGGAGGCAAUAAAAAAAAUUUUUUUCUUUCAAAAAAAAUUUUUAGUUCUUCCAAAGAAUGUGAUAAACUUCGUUUCCACCAAUUCAAGCCUAGUCGGGUUUGUAAAACCGACAAAUGUGCCACAUGCAAUCGACAAAUGACAGGCAUAUUGAUGGUCCAAGGCCUUCGUUGCACUGGCUGCCGAUUAAUAUUUCACAAAGAUUGUGCCAACUUUGCAACUAAAAUACCUUGCACAACCCCUCUAACUUCGCCUAACCCAGUUUAUAAAAUGAGUGAGGCUGGUAGAAGGCCUUGGGAGAGAAUGAGCUUCAAAUCCCCACGACUUAGCCUCGCUUCCAACUACCAUGGACCUCUGUUUGGAGCUGGCUUUACAGCAAUCCCCAGCUUCAAUUUGACUAAAACGAAGCAACAAACUGACUCCACCGCCCUUCUAAUAGAAAGUAUUGAUGAUUUGAGAGAGUUUAGUGUGUUUAUAUUCAAAAAGCAGUCUCAUCUUGGACAACAAAAUAAGCGAGAGACUGUAGUUGAUGCAAUAUUUAAAAGGGCAUUGAGGGAGUUUCAUAUGGAACUAAUUGGGAUGGAAGCUACUUUACAGGCAAAAUUUUAA